AGUAUCCGGUAUGAUGACUAUUACUGGAAGAAUAGUUGUGAGCAGCUGUGUCAGAAACAUGAGAGUCGGGCAUGUAACGUCCAGGCCUGCUCCAUCCACUGUCAGCUCACUGAUUGGUCCAACUGGUCCAUGUGCUCACCUUGUGCUAAAAAAAUGGCAAGUGAAAGAAUAUACACACACAGAGACACACAGACAGAAAUCUACGCACACACUUCCCCCCGUCUGUCUCUGUCUCUGACUAGUUUUCUGAUGUUGUAGUUAAGGACUCGGUCACUGCUAAGGCCUUCCCAGUUUGGAGGCGUGGAGUGCGAUGCUGUUCUGACACAAGAAAGAGUGUGUUACCCAUCAACCGAGUGCAAGAUGAAAACACUCAACUGCAAAGAGUUUCAGUGUGACAAUGGUAAACAGUCACAUAUUCACCUCCAUAUACAGUAUAGACAAAAUAUUGCAUGUGCACAUUUAAACAAAACUCUGCUCAUGUACAUUUCCCCUUGUCGCAGGUCGCUGUAUCAGCUCCAAACUAACAUGCAAUAAACAGAAUGACUGUGGGGACAACUCGGACGAGAAGAACUGUGAUGAAUUCAAAACAGUGUGUCCUUCUGAGAAGAGAGUGUUCCCUGGAGCUGACCUCAUAGGAAACGGGUAGGUCAAAGGCCAGCGUAAGACAUUGCCUGGAGCAAUGGUCAAUGUCACAGAUGUUUAGCAGUAGUCAGUGGCAUAAAAACAGAACAGGACUGCUUCAUGUAAUUUCUUGAUACCGCUGCAAACACUCAACGUAUCCUGUGAUUUUAAGAAAAGUAACGUAACUCUAGGGUUAAUGCUGCUGGCUUGUGUUACUUUCCUGUUUCAGGUUUGAUGCCAUGGCAGAGGAAAUGAGGGGGGCGGUACUGGAUAACAUGUUCAUGGGGGACACCUGCAAUCUGAACAAGAGCAGAGGCAGCAACUACAGGCUGUACUACCGCGUCCCAGCCAAUGUAGAAAGCGUUGAGAUCAAGGUACAGUACUACUGCAUAGAGAUCUCAUCUUAUUCUAUUUCCCCAUGUUUGACUGGCCUGGGAUCAGAUCUAGCUGUGGUUCUGCUUCUACAGGUCGAGAUCCCAGAUGACUUUAAACAGGAACCACAGCCAGUCUACAGUGAGACCGUCAACCUGGCCUCCCCACCAGUCCCAAUCAGCAGUUCUACCUCCUACAGAGACUCUGAUUUCAUCUUGGGUCCCCUUCUUCUUCUUUGGUUCCAGAAACCAACCAAUCCAACACACGCUCCUUCAAGCAGGCUGUUUCAGCUUCAAAGAAGACGGCAAGCUGCAUCUCUAUGCACUCUCACAUAUUCACAGUCACUUACAGGCAUGCAGGUAGCUUAGUGGUUAAGAACGUAAUGCCAGUAACCAAAAGGUCGCUGGUUCUAAUCUAAGUGAAAAUAUCCUGCAGGACUCCCAGUUCUUCCGAGUGCACCAGGUGUUACCUGUAUCCAGAUUCAGGAUGAAGGAUUCAGAUCUGUACCUGGCAGAGCCCUUCUUACAGUUUCUGACCAGCCUGCCUCUGGAGUACAACUACGCCCUCUACAGGGAGAUCUUCAAGCACUUUGGGACCCACUACUUCGCCUCCGGGACCUUAGGGGGGCACUAUAAUCUGCUUUACCAAUACAGCAGACUGGAGCUCAAGAACAAUGGUACGAGAGCACAACCUAGUGGUCAAGAGGAGGCACAGUACCCACUGCUAUUACUGUACAUUGUUCUCUCUAAUUUCCUAAAUGGUCUAUUUGUUUGUGUUUCAUUGUCACAGGUUUAACAGAAGAGUAUACCAAAGGAUGCCUAACGUCUGAGUCAAGCAGGGUUAUAAUAAUUUACGCAUCAAGUUCAAGUGUUAAAAGAUGCUCUGACAAUACAAUGACUGAAAAACAUGAAGGUUGGUUUUUCUAAUUACCGGUAUAUACAAAUUGAAGUCAUCUUGACUUUUCACUUGUUCGGUUUCAUUAAGUAUCUCUCUCAAUAGUUUUGUUGAGAACUGGCUAUUCACCAUUUACUGUUACAUCUGUGUUGGUCAGGCUCUUUCGUGCAGUCGUCAGAAAAGUCUUUCUCCGUGGUGCGUGGAGGCAGGACCGGAGAGGCUGCAGCCCUGGCCUGGGAGAAGAAACCACUUGGUGACAGCACCACUUAUAAGAACUGGGCCCAUUCCCUCAUAGACAACCCUGCUGUGGUGGAAUAUGAGGUCAGAACUCACUCCAUGGAAUAUAAUGAAAUAGGAUGGAAACAAUUAAUCCAGUUAAUUAAUUGGUUGUUUGUGUAUGAUUAGUUGUGAUAUAGUGAAUCCAUACCAUGUUUUUUUAGAUAUUUUCUGUUUAUGACAGCACUUUCCUAAGACAAAAAACAUGUCACUUCCUGUGUGAAAUUGGUCUCCUUCCUAUCUGUCUCCAGCUGUUGCCCAUCAUCAAUCUGGUCAAGGGGAUCCCAUGUGCUGCCACUAAGAGAAGGCACCUGACCAGAGCUCUGGUGGAGUACCUGGAGGACUUUGACUCCUGCAAGUGUGCCCCCUGCCCUAACAAUGCCCGUGCCGUCCUCUCUGGCACAGACUGCCAGUGCAUCUGCCAGACGGGCACAUACGGGCCCAACUGUGAGCAACGGGCGAAAGACUACACCUCAGGUACACAGCAGCACCCACUCACUCACUGAUAUACUGUUGGUAUAUCUGUUUUUUAUACAGGAUGAGGAUUAUGUAUAGUCCCUGUUGUGUCAUUUGUCAGUGCUCAGUAUGUUUGACUGACACCAGACACUGCUGAAUGUGGUUUGACUCCUGGUGAGUAGUACACACCAAACAGUGCUGAAUGUGGUUUGGCUUCUGGUCUGUAAACACCAGGCAGGUCUGAGUGUGGCUUGUUGUGUGGUUUCCUCAGAGGCAGUAGAUGGUUACUGGAGCUGCUGGGGGGCAUGGAGUGCCUGUGAUGCAUCCAUGAAGAGACAUCGUACCAGAGAGUGCAACAACCCUGCUCCUCUGAGGGGGGGCAAACUCUGCCAGGGACCGGUCAGACAGGAGGAGGGAUGCUUCAUCUCCAUCUUCCAAGAGUAAGAGAGACUGACAUGUUUAAGCCUUGAGACAAUUGAGACAUGGAUUGUGUAUGUGUGCCAUUCUGAGGGUGAAUGGACAAAACAAAAUAUUUAAGUGCCUUUGAACGGGGUAUGGUAGUAGGUGCCAGGUGCACCGGUUUGUGUCAAGAACUGCAACGCUGCUGGGUUUUUCACGCUCAACAGUUUCCGGUGUGGAUCAACAAUGGUCCACCACCCAAAGGACAUCCAGCCAACUUGACAACUGUGGGAAGCAUUGGAGUCAACAUGGGCCAGCAUCCCUGUGGAACGCUUUCAACACUUUCUAGAGUCCAUGCCCCAAUGAAUUGAGGCUGUUCUGAGUGCAAAAAGGCGGGGUGCAACUCAAUAUUAGGAAGGUGUUCCUAAUGUUUGGUGUCUCAGUGUAUAUUGAAAACAGGUGUGGUUCCAGAGUUCAUUAAUACACUUUAUGUUGGUGCUUCCUUUAUUUUGUCAGUUACCUGUACAUACCACACCAAAAAAUAGAAUCGUUCAGGAAGAGAGUUGGUCUUCUACCUAAAAACGUACUGUUAAUUUAUAUGCCUGAGUGUAUUUCUGAUUUUCUGUUUGUGUGUCUUUUCUCCGCAGGCAAAAUGUAUGUGUUAAUGAUGAUGACUUUGCCACAGAGGGGCGGGCGGAGGGCUUGCCUCCCGGCGUAGAGGGCUGUCCAAGACCCAAGAGUCCUGCCAACAGUCACCUCAGGGUAGACCCAAGCUAACAACGCUAACUGCUAACAGAGCUAACAGAGACAGAGCUUACUAAAGAUCUCUGAAAGAGUGAUAUUUCCAAAGGCUCUGGGCCAGCUCUCAGUGAUGUCACAGUCUUAGUGACCUUUACCUGUUUAUACUCUUAUUACCAUCUUCUUCUUCAUUCAUUCAUUCAUUCAGUCUCUCUCUCUCUCUCUCUCUCUCUCUCUCUCUCUCUCUCUCUCUCUCUCUCUCUCUCUCUCUCUCUCUCUCUCUCUCUCUCUCUCUCAGGGGCUUUAUUGGCAAUGUAAACAAUUACAUUGCCAAAGAAAGUGAAAUAAACAAUCAUAAAUUAACAGUAAACAUUACACACACAAACGUUUUCAAAGAAACGUUUGACAUGUUAUAUUAUUAACUACAGUGUUGUAACAAUGUGCAAAUCGUUUUGUUUUCUUUUUUUUAGUUUUUUUUUUAGGGGGUAGAUCAACUUAAUAUUGCAGAUAGAUUGUAACUUCCAUCAAUGUAAUUGUCUGCAUCACUUCCAAUCCCCCAUAUGUUUUUUUCCCUCGCAAAUAUAUACAGUGGGGAGAACAAGUAUUUGAUACACUGCCGAUUUUGCAGGUUUUCCUACUUACAACGCAUGUAGAGGUCUGUAAUUUGUAUUAUAGGUACACUUCAACUGUGAGGUACACUUCAACUAAAACAAAAAUCUAGAAAAUCACAUUGUAUGAUUUUUAAGUAAUUAAUUUGCAUGUUAUUGCAUGACAUAAGUAUUUGAUACAUCAGAAAAGCAGAACUUAAUAUUUGGUACAGAAACCUUUGUUUGCAAUUACAGAGAUCAUAAGUUUCCUGUAGGUCUUGACCAGGUUUGCACACACUGCAGCAGGGAUUUUGGCCCAAUCCUCCAUACAGACCUUCUCCAGAUCCUUCAGGUUUCAGGGGCUGUCGCUGGGCAAUACGGACUUUCAGCUCCCUCCAAAUAUUUUCUAUUGGGUUCAGGUCUGGAGACUGGCUAGGCCACUCCAGGACCUUGAGAUGCUUCUUACGGAGCCACUCCUUAGUUGCCCUGGCUGUGUGUUUUGGGUCGUUGUCAUGCUGGAAGACCCAGCCACGACCCAUCUUCAAUGCUCUUACUGAGGGAAGGAGGUUGUUGGCCAAGAUCUCGCGAUACAUAGCCCCAUCCAUCCUCCCCUCAAUACGGUGCAAUCGUCCUGUCCCCUUUGCAGAAAAGCAUCCCCAAAGAAUGAUGGUUUCACCUCCAUGCUUCACGGUUGGGAUGGUGUUCUUGGGGUUGUACUCAUCCUUCUUCUUCCUCCAAACACGGCGAGUGGAGUUUAGACCAAAAAGCUCUAUUUUUGUCUCAUCAGACCACAUGACCUUCUCCCAUUCCUCCUCUGGAUCAUCCAGAUGGUCAUUGGCAAACUUCAGACGGGCCUGGACAUGCGCUGGCUUGAGGAGGGGGACCUUGCGUGCGCUGCAGGAUUUUAAUCCAUGACGGCGUAGUGUGUUACUAAUGGUUUUCUUUGAGACUGUGGUCCCAGCUCUCUUCAGGUCAUUGACCAGGUCCUGCCGUUAGUUCUGGGCUGAUCCCUCACCUUCCUCAUGAUCAUUGAUGCCCCACGAGGUGAGAUCUUGCAUGGAGCCCCAGACCGAGGGUGAUUGACCGUCAUCUUGAACUUCUUCCAUUUUCUAAUAAUUGCGCCAACAGUUGUUGCCUUCUCACCAAGCUGCUUGCCUAUUGUCCUGUAGCCCAUCCCAGCAUUGUGCAGGUCUACAAUUUUAUCCCUGAUGUCCUUACACAGCUCUCUGGUCUUGGCCAUUGUGGAGAGGUUGGAGUCUGUUUGAUUGAGUGUGUGGACAGGUGUCUUUUAUACAGGUAACGAGUUCAAACAGGUGCAGUUAAUACAGGUAAUGAGUGGAGAACAGGAGGGCUUCUUAAAGAAAAACUAACAGGUCUGUGAGAGCCGGAAAACUUACUGGUUGGUAGGUGAUCAAAUACUUAUGUCAUGCAAUAAAAUGCCAAUUAAUUACUUAAAAAUCAUACAAUGUGAUUUUCUAGAUUCCGUCUCCCACAGUUGAAGUGUACCUAUGAUAAAAAUUACAGACCUCUACAUGCUUUGUAAGUAGGAAAACCUGCAAAAUCGGCAGUGUAUCAAAUACUUGUUCUCCCCAUAUAUAUAUACAUAUACACAUACACGUACAUAUACAUACACAUAUACAUAUCCUUUAAAAAAAUAUAUAUUUUCCUUUAUUACUUUCCAACCCCUUCCCUAAUUGGAGUAAAAUAGCUUUUUUAAUUUUGUGUCAGUCACUGUGAUCAGAUAUUCUGCCACUGUGUACUCUCUGUUUAGGGACAGAUGGCAUUCCAAUGUGUUCAGUUUUUGAAGUUAAUUCUUUCCCUCAUGAUUUGGUUGGGUCCAAUUAUCCGGGGGCUCUGUGGGGUCUGUUUGGGUUUUUGAACAGAGCCCCAGAACCAGCUGGCUGAGGGGCCUCUUCUCUACGUUCAUCUCUCUGCAGAUUUUAUGAUGGAAGGUUUUCUCUCUCUCUCUCUCUCUCUCUCUCUCUCUCUCUCUCUCUCUCUCUCUCUUUCUCUCUGUGUGUUCUCUAUGUCAGAAAAAUAAGCGUUACUAUGAGUUUGGCGACAUGGAAGAGUUCCUGUGCUUCACAGGGUUUGAAAUGGAAGGUUACCAGUUAAUCAACUGUCGCCCUGACGGGACCUGGACCCCACCCACAGGGAUGUGCAUCAGUAAGUCUGUCCUCUUAGGAACAAUCCAUGCAUAGAAUGCGGGUGGAAGGCAUAACACUCUCUCCAUACAAAACCUCUGGACUUUGGAAUCCAUGUUUUGCCAAUUCAAUAGCAUCUUUUUUUUUUCUUCAUGUCAAACCAGUCUUGUUGAGUAUUUGUCCUGCAUCUUAGGGAAGGUGUGCUCCCCGCCUGCCGUGCCUGAGGGUAUGACUCUGUACCCCUCCAAGGAGGAGUACAGGGUGGGCCACUCCGUGGGAUUCGACUGCACUGAGAGAGGCAUGGCACCGUCAGAACGGGGCUUUUACACCUGUGCCAAGAGUCUAACCUGGGAGCCUCCACUUCCUAAAGACCUGCACUGCAAAAUAGGUAGAGACUGUCUCAAAGGGUCUUUGAAGAAACAUUAGAGGGAUGUUGGUGAAACUUGGCAUCCUUUUUAAGUCCUCAUAGAGUUUAUCGACAAUCAAGUGGAGAUCACAUGAUUGACAAUAGGAUUCAAUUACGUAAUUGGAUGUUUGUCCUGUCAAUGUGUCUGUCCAGAUAAGCCAUUUGUUCCUGACAAUCAAUGUGGGAGAGGAGAGAGACACGAUGGAUCCAAAUGUAUCUGCGUGGCACGUGAGACAUGCCUGUGAGCACUUUUACCUAUCAAUCUUCAUUAAGUCAUGAAUAAUUAAAUAUGAAUUGACUUUUAAUUGCCUUUUAAUGUUAGCUAGUCACGUGCAUCUGAAGGCCACCGUAAUCAUUUGGUUCCCGAAUCAGUCUGUUCAUCUAGAUUUGUCCUCUCCUUGGAUUCACUAAUGGUUUCCAUAUCUUUGUGUGUGUGUAUUGCAGCCCAUACAAAACUGAGUUCUGCAUCUUCAAUGCUGAAGUUGACAGGGCUGUGAUGAUGUCUUACUGUGGUUUCCACUCGGGCCGUUGCCAUGGUGACCAGCUCUUCUUCAUGAAUGUGGGCCCAUGUAACGAGGAUGUGGUCAGCCUGGACUGGGCCAAGUUCAGGGUCAACAUGGCUGGCAAGAGCUCAGUCCAGGAGCCCUGCGACUCUGACACCUGCUACGAGUGGGAGCGCUGCACCGGUAUGACUGACUGGCCACAGAUUCCCUCUCAGAUUUAGAUAGCACUUGACCACUUCAGCUGAAAUAACCUAAUCUGCAAAAAGUUAACAAGUUUACAUGCAAUACAAUGAAUUAUGUUUAAAGGAUAAAUGUGUUUAUAGGGUUUCAACAUAGCAAAAUCAUUUCAUAUAACUGUGCUCUUUCCCUUUUGUCUUUGUUCACUCAGAGUCCAAACUAUGUCUGUGUAAAAUUCCCCACGACUGUCCUAAGGAGGGAGAACACAUGUUCUGUGUGAAGAUGCUGAAGACCAAGAGCAAGAGGAGUAUGACUCUGUGUUCCAUGGCUAGCAUCAAGUGUAGAAAGAUGGAGUUUGAGAUUCUCAACGAAGGCCCGUGUGAAGAGUCCACAUAAUCAGGUCCUACUGUAUCUUUCCUAUUCCUAUAUUAAAGCACCCUCUCCCUCUCCAUUAUAUCAUAGAGCACAAUUUAACUGGGAAGACUGAUGUUCAGAAGGAGCUGAUUUUUGUCCCAUUUCAAUUGCAGCUUUGUUCAACUUCAUUUGUUAAAGAAUGUAGCUUGUAGUUAACUUCUUUUCAGGUUAUUUUGUAUUUGUAUUUGUGUCUUUUUUAUGUCGUUUUUGGACUAUUUGCUUAUGUGUUGUUAUGAAAUCAAUUAUAUUUUGUCAAUAUUAUUUUAUUUACAACAACUUGCAACUACAGAUA